AUGCCGCACUUCGUUACUCAGCGCAAUCUCUAUGAAGCCCGCGAGCGCCUCUCCAAGACCUAUGAUUGGAAUUUCUUCAUGCUCGCCCAAAUCAUCGUCGAAUUGCCAUGGAAUAGUUUGAUGGCAGUCAUUAUGUUCGCCUGUUGGUACUGUCCAGCUGGGUUGCAGCGAAAUGCUAUCGGAGCGGGGCAGCAGACUGAACGUGGAGCGCUCAUGUUUCCCCUUCUGUUGGAGUUCAUGGUGUUUACCUCUACCUUUACCGACAUGAUCAUUGCAGGGUUUAACACGGCCGAUCCUGGUGGUGUAAGGGAAGGCGAUUUAGAAAUAGACAGAUCGAUGAAAGUAUUUAGCAGUAAUAUCCUUCGUAUACUCAGCGUAUCUACAGAGACUCAAAGCCUUAAAGGGGCUUUUGAGCAGAAAAGGGGAGAGGGUGCGGCUCUUAUACGUUCCUCACCCGUUUAG